AUGAUGAACACAACGAACGACGAAGACCCGUUCCUGCAGGUGCAAGCGGACGUGUUAUCUGCGUUGAACACAUCUCGUCCACUGUUUGCUUCGUACCGCCGCAUACGAUCUUCUGCUUCGUCAGCAACUUCACCCGAGCUUCGAGAAGCGCGCAAUGAGCUCGAACAAACGCUGCAAGAGCUCAGCCAGGAUCUCGAGGACCUCAUCGCGAGCGUCAAGGCAGUCGAGCACGACCCGUACCGCUUCGGGCUGGAGAUUGACGAGGUCGAACGACGGAGAAAGCUAGUGAAGGAUGUGGGGGACGAGAUCGAGAACAUGCGCGACGAGCUGCAGAGGACCGUUCAGGAUGCGCAGAACAAGGGCAAAGCCGCGGCCAAUGGAGACAUGCUACCCGAUCCUGAUUCCUUUGAAGACGAGGACGGAUACGCGCAGUUUGAGCAAGAACGGCAAAUGGAGCUGAUGCACGAGCAAGACGAGCAGCUGGACGGUGUGUUCCGGACGGUUGGCAAUCUGCGCCAGCAAGCCGACGACAUGGGGCGCGAGCUUGAAGAACAGGGCGAGCUGCUCAACGAUGUGGACAAUGUAGCAGAUCGAGUCGGGGGCAAGCUGCAGACCGGCAUCAAGAAGGUCGGCUGGGUUAUCAAGAAGAACGAAGACCGCUGGUCGAGCUGCUGCAUCGCAGUGCUCGUAUUCGUCCUCAUUCUGCUGCUGGUACUGCUUCUCGUCCUCUAA